CUCUGCAUCUCCCUUUUUUGACCACCCCAACUUACUUUCCGAUCCGAUCGGUCGCAAUUCUUUGGCAUCAUGGAUGGGGUUGAUAUCACCAAGGCCGUUCUCAAUAAAGGGAAGCAAAUGGCGAGUAGUGUCGCUGCCUCCGCUACCAAUGGCAAUGGCGGUAAGAAGAGAAGAAAAGGGACCGACUUAAAGCCGAUCGUCACCAACGAAGCCGCCACGCUUGGAGUCGACCCAGCGACCACCACCAGCACCACCACCACAUCCUCCACCACUACUGAGGGGUAUGGCUUUUACCCUUUCUUUCUUUUUCUAGAUUCCUUUUCCCUGCUUGCCCGUGUUUUCUUUGCUCCCUUCCUCCCGCCUUUCUCUUUCUUUUGGUUUUCCCCGCCACAUCCUGAUUCUUUCUAACCGCCAUGAGUGGCAGGGUUCCCGCAUACGGCGUCCCACCAUCGCGCUCGUCCUCUUCAUCCUCUGGCGAAGAACUCGAGACCACCGCCGAGGAAGAGGACUCGGAAGACUACUGCAAGGGUGGUUACCACCCGGUCUCCGUCGGUGAAACCUACAACAAUGGUCGAUAUGUGGUCGUGCGCAAGCUAGGGUGGGGUCACUUUUCGACUGUCUGGUUGUCCCGCGAUACCACAACUGGGAAGCAUGUCGCCCUCAAGGUCGUCCGUUCCGCUGCCCACUACACCGAAACCGCCAUCGAUGAAAUCAAGCUGUUGAACCGCAUCGUCCAAGCCAAACCCUCUCACCCCGGUCGCAAACAUGUCGUCAGUCUGCUGGACUCGUUUGAGCACAAGGGCCCCAACGGGGUCCACGUGUGUAUGGUGUUUGAAGUGCUGGGAGAAAAUUUGCUCGGGUUGAUCAAGCGAUGGAACCACCGCGGUAUCCCCAUGGCCUUGGUGAAACAGAUCACAAAACAAGUGCUGCUUGGAUUGGACUACCUUCAUCGGGAGUGUGGUAUCAUCCACACGGAUCUGAAGCCGGAGAACGUGCUGAUCGAGAUCGGCGACGUGGAGCAGAUCGUGAAGACAUACGUCAAGGAAGAGGCGAAGAAGGAGCAGAAGGAAGACAAUCGCAAUGGUCGGCGACGGCGCCGGACCCUGAUCACUGGGAGUCAACCGCUGCCGAGUCCGCUCAAUACCAGCUUCGACUUUAAGCACAGUUCGCAAAACUCCCACAGCAGUCUUAGUCAGAUGGUCAGCGAGUCGUCUGUGACUCCCAAUGCAGAAAGUACAUCGAUGAAGGAGAUGCUCGGAAUCAAGGACGAUGAUGAGAAGCAGAAGCAACGGGAAAAGACUGCGUAUGUUAUCUUCUCUUGCCUGAGGGAUAUGGCUAAUGAUUACAGUGAUUUGCUGGAACGGGAGGUAUCGGGCAUUUCGCUCGACAAGUCUCAGUCGAGCGAAGAGCAAGAGCCGGAAUGUGAUAUAAUCUCCGUGAAAAUCGCCGAUUUGGGCAAUGCCUGCUGGGUCGGCCAUCAUUUCACCAACGACAUCCAAACGCGACAGUACCGUUCGCCCGAAGUUAUCCUGGGCUCGAAAUGGGGCGCGAGCACAGAUAUUUGGAGUAUGGCUUGCAUGGUAUUCGAACUCAUCACGGGCGAUUAUCUUUUCGAUCCGCAAUCAGGUACCAAGUAUGGUAAAGACGACGAUCAUAUCGCGCAGAUCAUUGAGCUUCUGGGACCGUUCCCGAAGUCUCUCUGUCUCUCGGGCAAGUGGUCGCAGGAGAUUUUCAACCGCAAAGGCGAACUGCGCAACAUCCACCGGUUACGCCACUGGGCCCUGCCGGAUGUGCUGCGGGAGAAGUAUCAUUUCUCGGUCGAGGAAAGCAUGCGCAUCAGCGAGUUCCUGCUGCCAAUGCUCGAAGUGUCCCCGGAGCGGCGCGCCAAUGCCGGCGGCAUGGCAUCCCACGAAUGGAUGCGGGAUACACCCGGUAUGGACGGGAUUGAUCUGGGCAUAACGCCCGGCAGCCGCGGCGAGGGCAUUGACGGAUGGGCGAUGGAAGUGAAACGGAGAUAAACAAAAGUACAUUUAGGCAUGAGGACUCCUGACCACAAGCGUCAGCCGAGUCGGGUGACGAGUUUCCUUGUUUCUGUUACCGUGCGGCGGACCUCUUUAUACUCUACUACCAUUUCUUUUUGGCUGCG